AUUUCACUGAUUAGACGACCUACAGUGUACGUGCAGCUUAUCUAAGCACACACACACGACGACCCACAGAUGAUGAACACGCUACAGCAGGCAGAAGAAGCGGAACGAGGCUAUCUUGAUCAAUGCGAUGCAACUGAUGUGUGUUUGAUAACAUCUCGGAGAACGAUACACAGUUUCAAUUAUCGUGCUGCACACACUCGCGAGUCGCGAAUAAUUUUUUUGAUGAAUCUCCGCUUCGAAUUUUAUUUAUUUUAAAAAAAAUAUAUAAUUUUCUAAUUUUUAAUAAGCAAAAAUUAUUGUUGUUUUUAAAAGAAAAAAAAAUCAAUAUACAAAAGACUUUGAUGACGUCAACACGAGAACAUGGCGUAAGAAUGUAGCAGCAGACGGGUAGAUUGUGAUUUUAGAAACUUCCGGUUCAGUUGUACCAGGGGAUACCAUCAACCAGGGCCAGUUAGCAACCUCAUCCCGAAAACACAUGGAGCGGACAGCCGUUAUUUGGGUCAUUUUUCUGACCCCCUUCGUUGUCAUGGUCACCAGCGUCUACGACAGCGACUUCUGCAGCAGCCGCAUGGGCUCUAUAGACCCGGAUGGCGCUAACGGUAAGGGAGAUAUCGUACGGUCUCAUUUGUACACAUGUCUGGACGUUUGUGUUCUCCACGUGAAAGACGUUUUGUUGGUGAACAUCAACUACAUCUGAUUUUUCUUUUACAAAUGCACCUAGCAGUGCUUGCUUUUCACGUAAAACUGUUUGUACGUUUGCCUGCUUGUAAAUAAAUCUGGCCCUGGCAUGAUUUUACCCAGAGAUUUUAGUACCUUCUUUGUUUUCCUGUCACGUAGAACUUUUACUACCUGCCGUCAAUGUUCCCUUUAACCUGCGUGGCUGCGCGGCCGCGCAGUAAUCUCUCAGUCGCCGCGCAGCAGUUUUGAGUGCCGCGCAGCUAAUUUCCACUUAAGUGUGUGUCUGUGACUGUAGGCUGUAAAAUUUUGCGCCACAACUUUAUGAUUUUGCACACGAACCAACAAAUCUAAGACGGAACAUUGCCUGCCGUGCCUAUGUGUCACGUCGAACUUAUGGUACCUGCCAUGCCUGUGUGUCACGUAGCACUUAUGGUACCUGCCAUGCCUGUGUGUCACUUAGCACUUAUGGUACCUGCCGUGCCUGUGUGUCACGUAGCACUUAUGCUACCUGCCGUGCCUGUGUGUCACGUAGAACUUUUAGUACCUGUCUGUCACGUAAAAUUUCCGGUACUGCCGUGCAUUUUACGUAUUAGAACGUCUGGUACCCCGCCAUGCUUGUCAACUAGAACUUUUUCUAACUUGUCAUUCUUGUCAUGUAGAGCUUCUUGUACCAGUCGAUCUUGUCAGUUGUCAAAAAUAAAAAUAAAAUAAUAAUAACACUUUUCAUUGCCAGAUUUUCAUAUAAAAGUUGAAUUAGAGUCUAGUACAAUUUCAACACUCUUACGGCUAUAAAUUGUUGCUUUUUAUGGAAUUUUUUUAAAUGUACAUAUAUUUAAUGAUUUUAGUGUGUGUGGACUUGUUGUCUUUUUAUUUAAAAAAAUCUCUCUUAACUCAAAACAUCAACUCCAAUAAUAAGGAAUACUAACAUUCCAGUCCUGAAACACUAAACAUGUAACACUUUUAGAACUGAACCUGUCACAUAUCAGUUAAUAAUCAAAUCGUCAUUUACCCCAUCAUCAAAAUACACAAUUCUCCAGGUAACAAUGUCACUAACCCUACCAGAUGGUGUUUUAUUUCACCGAAAACAAAUUCCAGAGAAACUGCGCUGAAUGAGAUUCUUAAAAAUACCGUUCGAUCGCUCGUGCGUUUGCUUCGUAAUAUUUCCUUUUUUUUUUAGAUAAUUAGUGUCAAAUUAAAUUUAUGGUUUAAUAAAUCCAUGAUAUAAAAAGGUUAUGAUAAAUUAGAAAAUUAAUAUUGUUCAGGGGCAGUGGCAUACCCACGCAAGGGAGGGGGUGGGGGGUGGGUUUGCGCAGGUUGGGAAUCUUACAAAGUGCUGUCACUUGAAUGCAUGUUUUUUUUUUAGUAAAUUUAUUAUGUAGGAAGUUCACACAUCGAAGACGCCAUUGUUUGACGGGCUACUGUCAGUUUUUAAUACUAAUAAUAUGGGACAUGUGAAUCCCUCUACAACUUCUCGCCUCUGUUCAAUUAUGUAUUUUUAUUUUCUUUGUCACGUAUGCAGCUAUCACACUUUAUCUGUACCUAUUUAUGUGUACAUUAUUUCUCAAGUCAUUCACGUGACCAUGGCGUUGUGGAGGAAAAAAAAAAUUUUUCCCGGAAAUUUCCGUAGCUAGAACCCAGUAGACAAGUGGCGUAGCUAGGGUUGGUGUCCCCCGGUGCGGGGGUCCGCACCCCUUAGUUAUGCCACUGCCCGUGGAAUGUCAACGCUUUCUCAAUUUCAUUCAUUAUACUUUAAUCGUCUUGAAUUUACGAAAUAAAUUAUUGCGCAAAUUUGAAAUGUUGUUUUUUUAAAAAACUACACGAAGCAUAUUUUAAAACCAUAGAAAUAUAUUUUUAAAAGGCGAAACUUUCUAAUCAUCAAAUGAACUUUUUUUUUCUUUUUAAAGCUGCGGCCAUUCGGACCCGGGUCCGAUAAGGGAGAGUUUGGAUUUAUUUUAAAAAAUAUGCAAACAUUUAUGGUAGGGUUUGUAAGUCAAACUUUGGUAUCAAAUGAAAGAUGAUUGAAUGGACUAUAAUGUUUGUAAACUUACUUCUUCAGUUUAACUAAAAUUAACUACCACAAAUGACAUCCGAAUAGCAUUUAGUCAAAAUUGAACCGAAAACGCAUCGCCACUAUUCUGUUAGAUCGUUGGCCAGACGUUACUAGCAGAGUGAGGCAUUGCUGAGCACGGAACAUAAUAAGAUUCAGUAUUUUUGAGCAGGAACAUGAUAAGAUUCAGUGUUCUUUGAGCGCGGAACGUAAUAAGAUGCAGUGUUCUUUGAGCGCGGAACGUAAUAAGAUGCAGUGUUCUUUGAGCCCGGAACAUGAUAAGAUUCAGUGUUCUUUGAGCGCGGAACGUAAUAAGAUGCAGUGUUCUUUGAGCGCGGAACGUAAUAAGAUGCAGUGUUCUUUGAGCCCGGAACAUGAUAAGAUUCAGAAUUCUUUGAGCCCGGAACAUGAUAAUAUUCAUUAUUCUUUUAACACGGAACAUGAUAAGAUUCAGUAUUCUUUUAACACGGAACAUGAUAAGAUUCAGUGUUCUUUGAGCCCGGAACAUGAUAAGAUUCAGUGUUCUUUGAGCCCGGAACAUGAUAAGAUUCAGAAUUCUUUAAGCCCGGAACAUGAUAAGAUUCAGUGUUCUUUGAGCCCGGAACAUGAUAAGAUUCAGAAUUCUUUGAGCCCGGAACAUGAUAAGAUUCAGAAUUCUUUGAGCACGAAAAAUGAAAAGAUUAAAUGAGAAACGAGAAAUGUUUAACCUGGUCGGCUUGCUGUCGAAUACCUUAAAUAUAUAUAUAUUUUUUUUAUAAUGCCCUUGUUCAUUAUCACGAAUUGUGGCAAAACAUUGAUUCCAAAUAAAGAACCAUUACUCGUGGUUUUAAUUUUAAAUCAGAAGCGAGAAAAAGAUGGGGCACCUUUGGCAGCAUAACUUCCGGUUUAAAAAAAAAAAAGGAGGUCUCACACUAAAAGCAGGCGUGUUUAUACUUUGAUUCUCCACAUUUAAUCUGCAUUUAUACAGCAUGUUAGUGCUUAACAAAAUAUACACAUUUAAUUGUUUGUUAUUGAUAACAUUGAUGAAUGAAUUAGAUGACGUCAGAUUGUUCAACCUCCCUCCCCCUCCCCCCCACUCAUACACCCUAUCCCAGUUUUCGCGCCUUACCGCGCCAUCAAAACACUACGCCCUGUCAUGUGCAGUCUUAGACUCCCUGUACUCAUGCAUUCCUAGACUCCCUGUAUGUAUGUCGUCUUAGACGCCUUGUAUGUAUGCAGUCUUAGACUCCCUGUACUCAUGCAUUCCUAGACUCCUUGUAUGUAUAAAGUAUAAGAAGCCAUCCAAGGCUAACGAGUCCCAUUCACCCGAGGUGCGGUGUUGUUUUUGUUAGUCUUGGCAUUUGCUGGGCAUUGCGGUCCAGUCCACUAGUUUGGGUUUGACCCAGUUUAGACCGCUUGGNCCAUCGUUGAUAUGCUACAGGUAAGCCAUCGUUGAUAUGUUACAGGUAAGCCGUCGUUGAUAUGCUACAGGUAAGCCAUCGUUGAUAUGCUACAGGUAAGCCAUCGUUGAUAUGUUACAGGUAAGCCGUCGUUGAUAUGCUACAGGUAAGCCGUCGUUGAUACGCUACACGUAAGCCAUCGUUGAUAUGUUACAGGUAAGCCGUCGUUGAUAUGCUACAGGUAAGACGUCGUUGAUAUGCUACAGGUAAGCCGUAAUUUAUAUGCUACAGGUAAGUCGUCAUUGAUAGGUUACUUCAUAACUUAUCAAAUUUCACUCUCUGUCAAGGGCAUGAGAACCACUGUUGUUAUGUUUGGGGUUGGAGUAACUUGUGUUCACCAGAGUAUGGGUGAACAAGGCAUGAGAUCGUCACUGACGAUGAACGGGAGGGUAUUUAUAUAUUAUUAUUAUCUAUAGUGUGUCAGGAAAGAGAGGGGGGUAGAACGUGAUGUGUACAAGAAGUAGGUGAGACAUAAUGGAUGACUUCGAAUGGAUUUUCGGUUCCUGUUGUUAGCAAGGAGUGUACUAUGUGAUCGGAGUACUUCGAAAGGAACAUCAGUGACUCUUGAUGGCACUGCUUUUUUUUUGGCAUGGGAUUUGUAUGGCUAAUGAAUGUGUCUGUCAGUUGACAUCGGCGACUCCGGACUUUUUUUUUGUGUGGUUUGUGGUGCAUGGUUUGUGGUGCAUGGUUUGUGGUGCAUGGUUUGUGGUGCAUGGUUUGUGGUGCAUGGUUUGUGGUGCAUGGUUUGUGGUGCAUGGUUUGUGGUGCAUGGUUUGUGGUGCAUGGUUUGUGGUGCAUGGUUUGUGGUGCAUGGUUUGUGGUGCAUGGUUUGUGGUGCAUGGUUUGUGGUGCAUGGUUUGUGGUGCAUGGUUUGUGGUGCAUGGUUUGUGGUGCAUGGUUUGUGGUGCAUGGUUUGUGGUGCAUGGUUUGUGGUGCAUGGUUUGUGGUGCAUGGUUUGUGGUGCAUGGUUUGUGGUGCAUGGUUUGUGGUGCAUGGUUUGUGGUGCAUGGUUUGUGGUGCAUGGUUUGUGGUGCAUGGUUUGUGGUGCAUGGUUUGUGGUGCAUGGUUUGUGGUGCAUGGUUUGUGGUGCAUGGUUUGUGGUGCAUGGUUUGUGGUGCAUGGUUUGUGGUGCAUGGUUUGUGGUGCAUGGUUUGUGGUGCAUGGUUUGUGGUGCAUGGUUUGUGGUGCAUGGUUUGUGGUGCAUGGUUUGUGGUGCAUGGUUUGUGGUGCAUGGUUUGUGGUGCAUGGUUUGUGGUGCAUGGUUUGUGGUGCAUGGUUUGUGGUGCAUGGUUUGUGGUGCAUGGUUUGUGGUGCAUGGUUUGUGGUGCAUGGUUUGUGGUGCAUGGUUUGUGGUGCAUGGUUUGUGGUGCAUGGUUUGUGGUGCAUGGUUUGUGGUGCAUGGUUUGUGGUGCAUGGUUUGUGGUGCAUGGUUUGUGGUGCAUGGUUUGUGGUGCAUGGUUUGUGGUGCAUGGUUUGUGGUGCAUGGUUUGUGGUGCAUGGUUUGUGGUGCAUGGUUUGUGGUGCAUGGUUUGUGGUGCAUGGUUUGUGGUGCAUGGUUUGUGGUGCAUGGUUUGUGGUGCAUGGUUUGUGGUGCAUGGUUUGUGGUGCAUGGUUUGUGGUGCAUGGUUUGUGGUGCAUGGUUUGUGGUGCAUGGUUUGUGGUGCAUGGUUUGUGGUGCAUGGUUUGUGGUGCAUGGUUUGUGGUGCAUGGUUUGUGGUGCAUGGUUUGUGGUGCAUGGUUUGUGGUGCAUGGUUUGUGGUGCAUGGUUUGUGGUGCAUGGUUUGUGGUGCAUGGUUUGUGGUGCAUGGUUUGUGGUGCAUGGUUUGUGGUGCAUGGUUUGUGGUGCAUGGUUUGUGGUGCAUGGUUUGUGGUGCAUGGUUUGUGGUGCAUGGUUUGUGGUGCAUGGUUUGUGGUGCAUGGUUUGUGGUGCAUGGUUUGUGGUGCAUGGUUUGUGGUGCAUGGUUUGUGGUGCAUGGUUUGUGGUGCAUGGUUUGUGGUGCAUGGUUUGUGNUGUGUUUUUGUAAAAACUUAGGAGUCAAAAUCCCAACUUUUUUUUUAAAUUUUUUUUUGUUUCAAGGGUAUGAGAACCUCUGUUUUUUUUUUUCAAGUCUGUGAUGUGUGUGUGCGUGCGUGUAUGUAUUUGUGUGUGUGUGUGUGUGUGUGUUUUAUAUUUGCGCGUCUUUUGUGUGUGUGUGUGUCUGUGUUUGGGAUUUUAGAAAAAUAGAUUAACAAUGUUCAAGUGAAAGAUGACACUGCUCAUUAUCUAAACCACCCCAAUCACCAUCAUCACUCACUAUUGUUUUUGAGCGGCCCUCUGCUGAAAUAAAAGGACAAUACAUGAUGUUGACUCCAUCACUGAUGGAAACACUCCAAUAAACACGUUUGAAAUUUUAUUUCUACAGUUGCGUUGCACUGGGGAGGCAAUGCCAGACGAAACAUCUCAUACAAGGGAGAAGACACGUCCAGGGGUAGGUCACCAAGAGACAAACUAUAUUCUCGAAGUUUAGCUUUCAAUUAUUUCCAUUAAUUGUGUUUUUACCGCAACAAACAGUUUAAUAAAUUUUUCUCAGAUGUAAGGAAUUGAUUUAAUUUAAUCUAAGACCAGUUUUCUCAAUUUUUGUUUUAAUGAAAAAAAUAAUAAUAAAAUCCUCUCAAAAAAUCAAACAAUUCAAUGCUUCCAUCGUUUCUUUAUGAUCAAGUAACCUUUCUUUAAGAUUAUCUAUUAGUGAUUUUAAAAUAUUGUAGGUGAGUCAUAUUGUAGGUGGGUCAUAUUGUAGGUGGGUCAUAUUGUAGGUCGGUCAUAUUGUAGGUGGGUCAUAUUGUAGGUGGGUGAUUUUGUAGGUGGGUAUUUACGCCCAUUUUCAACAGACACAUUUUUUUUUUUUUAAAUGGCUACUUUUUGGUCACACGGGUAUUAUUAAAAAAAAAAAAAUAAUUUAAAAAUAAAAACAUUUUUAACGCAUGUUUCUCAUAGAGUCUGAAGAUGAAUGACGUUUGAUUUCAAUUGUAUAAGUUCAGCUCUCUGAUUCAUAAACUUGACCAGUUCCAUUUGUAUUUGUAUAUUACAAUGUAUAUCCAAUAUGUAGACCCUAGUGUAUAUUCCAGUGCAUAAUCUAAUGAAUAUUACGAUCAGAUUUCCAGUAUUUGCUCAUAACAUGUUCAAACUAUGUUGUUCAUACGUCAAGUAAAGGCCAAUAAUGACCUUAUAAUACAUGCAACGGGGAUGUGCCUAUGACGUUGGCGGUAUCAUGAUAAGAAUUAUGAUAACAAUUACAAUUUAUUUUUAAAUGUUUAACAAUGAAAUAUCAUCAUCUUGGCACAUCGGUUUUUUUUAUAAUAACAGUGCUGUGGAGCUCCCACGGCUUAACAUCUAGUAGUCGUGCACAGAGCAUUAAUGUCCAAUUCUUCUUCUGGUGUCCUUUUCACGCUCGGCUGCGUACACACGCCCCUUAUGGCUGCAACGUCCUCUUGCCCCCAGGGGUUAUACGUCUCCGAUAUAUUUUAUCAUGCAUAUGUUUCGCCGUCGUCCCCACCGAUCCCAGCCCCCCACAACCUUGCUUUCACCAUUUCAUAGUGUACUUACCUGCACUACUACCAUAUUGAGCUUGAGUUAACUUAGCCGUCCUGUCACGGGUUUGACACUUGACAGGCAUGGACACGCAGAAAUGGUGGACUUGUGAAUAUGCCGACUACAGGGAUGCCACGACGUUCACAGAAUGGCAUAUUGUCGGUGAGUCACAUUGUAGGUGGGCCUUAUUGUUGGUGGGUCUUAUUGUGGGUGGGUCUUAUUGUAGGUGAGUGACAUUGUAGGUGAGUCAAAUUGAAGUUAGUGAUAUUUUAGGUGGGUCAUAUUGUAGGUGGGUCAUAUUGUAGGUGGGUCAUAUUGUAGGUGGGUCAUUUUGUAGGCGGGUCAUAUUGUAGGUGGGUCAUAUUGUAGGUGGGUCAUGUUGUAGGUUGGUCAAAGUUAGGUAAAUUAUUGGGCCUUAAACACACAUUAAACAAUUUGCAUGAUUUAUAUUUUUUUCUCUAUGCGUGUAAGACAAUUAGUUCAACUCAAACUCCAUAAAAGUUGUUUUCAAACUCAAUAUUAGUCAUCACCCAAGGUUAUCCCCUUUGUCUCGUGUCUCACAGACCCCGCUAGGUUCAACCUGCCGGUCGUUGACCCCAAUCAGCCACAACCCCGCCCGAUUCUACCUGUCUCCGCGUACGUCACUGGUGUUGAUAAGAAUGACCCAAGCAACAUCUUUAACUUCAACUACAGGUGAGACCAUUUCAGACAGUUGAUUUAGCCUACUGUAAAGCGCAUGCUAUCCUUGUUGAUAAAUCUUACGUUAUCCCCCAAAGUUAAGUCAAAUUUUAUCCUAGUAGAUAGAUCUUAUAUUAUCCACCAGAGAUAAAACUAAUUUUAUCCUUGUAGAUAAAUCUUAUAUUAUCCCCACAGUUAUAUCAAAUUUUAUCCUUUACAUAAAUCUUGUCUUAUCCCAACAUUUAAAUCAAAUUUUAUCGUUGUAUAUCAAUCUUAUAAUAUUAUCCCCACAGUUAAAUCAAAUGUUAUCCUUGUAGAUAAAGCUUAUAUCAUCCCCCCAAAGAUAAAUCAAAUUUUAUCCUUGUAGAUAAAUCUUAUAUUAUCCCCACUGUUAUAUCAAAUUUUAUCCUUUGACAUAAAUCUUGUAUUAUCCCAACAUUUAAAUCAAAUUGUAUUGUUAUAUAUUAAUCUUAUUAUAUUAUCCCCACAGUAAAAUCAAAUGUUAUCCUUGUAGAUUAAUCUUAUAUUAUCCCCACAGUUAAAUCUCAUGUUAUUUUUGUUGGUAGAUCGUAUUUUCCCUACAGGUCAAUCACAUGUUAUUCGUGCAGGUAAAUUUCAUCUCUAUUUUACAGGUAUGACUUUACACACUUUUCAAGAAUCCAAUCAGAUGAUCGUCAUUUCAGGGUGAGAUGUCUAACAAAUUAUUCAACAGCUAUCUUAAUUCAAACUUUCAACUAUCCAGAAAUGUAUCCUCGGUAGUAUCCAGAGUAGAAUCCAGAGUAGAAUCCAGAGUAGUAUCCAGAGUAGUAUCAAGAGUAGUAUCCAGAGUAGUAUCAAGAGUAGUAUCCAGAGUAGUAUCAAGAGUAGUAUCAAGAGUAGUAUCAAGAGUAGUAUCAAGAGUAGUAUCAAGAGUAGUAUCAAGAGUAGUAUCAAGAGUAAUAGCAAUCCGAGUAGUAUCAAGAGUAGUAUCAAGAGUAGUAUCAAGAGUAGUAUCAAGAGUAGUAUCAAGAGUAGUAGCAAUCAGAGUAGUAUCAAGAGUAGUAGCAAUCCGAGUAGUAUCAAGAGUAGCAAUCCGAGUAUUAUCAAGAGUAGCAAUCCGAGUAGUAUCAAGAGUAAUAACAAGUGUAGUAUCCAUAGUAAUUUCCAGAAAAUUAUCAAGAAUAGUAUAAAGAGUAGUAUUCAGAAUAGUAUUCAGGGUAUUAUCCACGGUGGUAUUCAGAAGUCAUUUUAAAAAUUGUAUAGACCUUUCCCAGACCAAAAAAAAAAUAUUUAAAAAAACACAAAAAGAACAUUUUAUUGUUUAUUCUCCAAAUUUAAAUUAUUUGAUUUUGUUAUGUUUUAAAAUAAAUUGAAUUUGAGUAUUAGAAAGAGCUUCACUUGUUUGUUUUGCCCCUGAUGACCAACAAGGUGAAUCCCCUUUAGAAUGUGUUAGUGCGUAGUGCUUAAAAUAGUUAACAUUAAAAAAUAUCUCAUAAUAGCUGAAACGAAGAAUAUUUUAAAAAAAAAAUAAUUUAAUUGUUAUCAUACCAAGAUACCGCCCAGAAUGAUGUGUGCCAACAAGCCCAACUCCCAGAAGCCACUUCCCACUGUGCCAGAUUAUUUCAAAUUUCGAGGUGAAAUGUUGACUAUAACGGGAUAUGACUUGUCGACGCCGGAUGCACCCCAGCUGACCUACACGAUUGUAAGGCUCACUUUUUUUUAACAUAGCAUAAGACAUAUUCUUGUCCUCAAUGUUCUUAAUGAUUCUAGAAUUUCGGUGAAAACGAAAUUCGCUUAAAAUAAUACAGCAAUAAAUUACAUUUAUAAAGCAAAAAAAUUACAUUAAUACAGCAAUAAAUUACAUUAAUACAGCAAUAACUUACAUUAAUACAGCAAUAACUUACAUUAACAGAAAUAAAUUACAUUAAUAUGACAUAAUAAUUGAACAUAUAAUAUUACAUUAACACAGCAAAAAAAAUUGCAUUAAUACUGCAAUAACUUACAUUAAUACAGCAAUAACUUACAUUAACAGAAAUAAAUUACAUUAAUAUGACAUAAUAAUUGAACAUAUAAUAUUACAUUAAUACAGCAAAAAAUUACAUUAAUACGGCAAUAAAUUACAUUAACACAGCAAUAACUUAACAUUAAUACAGCAAUAACUUACAUAAAUACUGCAAUAACUUACAUUUACACAGAAAUAAAUUACAUUAAUAUAACAAUAACUGACAUUAAUACAACAAUAACUUACAUUAAUACAACGGUACCGUACGCAAUGAUUUCUUUUUUUUUUUUUUUUGUCUUUGCUCAGGAAGAAUACAGACACGCCCUGGGUCUGUACAUAACGGACGUGAUCUCUGUGCCCAACCAAGUCAACAGCCCCAAUGAUAAAUCCUACUCAAGACUGGUGGAUGAUUAAUAACUUACAUUAAUACAACGGUACCGUACGCAAUGAUUUCUUUUUUUUUUUUUUUGUCUUUGCUCAGGAAGAAUACAGACACGCCCUGGGUCUUUACAUACAGGACGUGAUCUCUGUGCCUAACCAAGUCAACAGCCCCAAUGAUAAAUCUUACUCAAGACUGGUGGAUGAUUUCACUACUGGUGAGUUGUGAACAGAAUACCAACCUACAGAAUUUUUACAUCUCUAUAAAUUGUAUCUACGUACCUGUAAAAUUUCUAGUGGUUGAAGAAAUUACUACAGCAAAAUCGUGUAAUUUUGUGCUUUUAUGUUUCGAUGUACCCGAUUAAACGUCAUAAUGUAUUUAUGUUAGUAGCCGUAGAUAACUUCUAUAUAGACCACAAGAAAGGUUCUCAAAUGGGCCUAAAAAUAUAUAAUUAAAAAAAAAAUAUUAUCUCUCAAUGAACAGAAUUAUUAUAAAUAACUUGUUCAUUGAUAUUGUGAUCAGCUUUGGAAUCGUUUGCUCUUAUAUACCGCUCUUCAGCCGUUAUUUACGCUUUGCCUUACCAGUCACUUGUCUUAUAUACAAUGGGCCUACCAGUCACUUGUCUUAUAUACAAUGGGCCUACCAGUCACUUGUCUUAUAUACAAUCGGCCUACCAGUCACUUGUCUUAUAUACAAUCGGCCUUACCAGUCACUUGUCUUAUAUACAAUGGGCCUACCAGUCACUUGUCUUAUAUACAAUGGGCCUACCAGUCACUUGUCUUAUAUACAAUGGGCCUACCAGUCACUUGUCUUAUAUACAAUCGGCCUUACCAGUCACUUGUCUUAUAUACAAUGGGCCUACCAGUCACUUGUCUUAUAUACAAUGGGCCUACCAGUCACUUGUCUUAUAUACAAUGGGCCUUCCAGUCACUUGUCUUAUAUACAAUGGUCCUACCCGUCACUUGUCUUAUAUACAAUGGGCCUUACCAGUCACUUGUCUUAUAUACAAUGGGCCUACCAGUCACCUGUCUUAUAUACAAUGGGCCUUACCAGUCACUUGUCUUAUAUACAAUGGGCCUACCAGUCACUUGUCUUAUAUACAAUGGGCCUACCAGUCACUUGUCUUAUAUACAAUGGGCCUACCAGUCACUUGUCUAAUAUACAAUGGGCCUACCAGUCACUUGUCUUAUAUACAAUGGGCCUACCAGUCACUUGUCUUAUAUACAAUGGGCCUACCCCACUUAUAUUUUUAAAUUAUCUUAAUUUGUAAUAAAAAACAUUGUAGUACUUUUGAAUCUUGUUUUUUUUUUUAUGCUUUGACGAUUUGACAGAGCUAACGAUGGGUUAUUAAUAAAAAAAACAACUUAUUAUGUCAAUUAAAUAACUCCUUUGCAUCGUGACUCGCUUUUUGUCAACGGCCAGGUCUCAAUUAUGUGCUGGACCUGGAGACUGGACUGUGUGAAAUAAACGUCAUAACCGAUGAUAAAGUGGACGCCAUCAGGAUGGGCAACAAUCUGGUGCAGAUGAGGAACUCUGAACAGUUCUUUGAUCUGGACCCCACUGCUUACCAGUACAUGGGCAUUGUGAGUAAACAAAAGAAAUAAAUGUAUGGACAGGGGAGGUAAACAAAUAGUCCAAUAUAUGGGCAUUCUAUGUAAACAAAUGGACACAUGUAUGUGCAUUGUAUGUAAACAACGACACAUGUAUGGGCAUUGUAUGUAAACAAACACACAAAUUUAUGGGCAUGUAAGUAAACAAAGUGACAAAUACACGGGCAUUGUAUGUAAAAGAAGAGACUAAUAUAUUGACAUUAUAUGUAAACAAAGAGACCAAUACAUGGGCAUUGUAUGUAAACAAAGAGACCAAUAUAUAGGCAAUGUAUGUAAACAAAGAGACCAAUACAUGGGCAUUGUAUGUAAACAAAUAGUCCAAUAUAUGGGCAUUGUAUGUAAACAAAGAAACAAAUGUAUGUGCAUUGAAUGUAAACAAAGUGACCAAUGUAUGGGCAUUGUAUGUAAACAAAGAAACAAAUGUAUAUGCAUUGAAUGUAAACAAAGUGACCAAUGUAUGGGCAUUGUAUGUAAACAAAGAAAAAAAUGUAUGUGCAUUGAAUGUAAACAAAGUGACCAAUGUAUGGGCAUUGUAUGUAAAGAAAGAAACAAAUGUAUGUACAUUGUAGGUAAUCAAAGUGACCAAUGUAUGUGCAUUGUAUGUAAACAAAGUGACCAAUGUAUGGGCAUUGUAUGUAAACAAAGUGACCAAUGUAUGGGCAUUUUAUGUAAACAAAGUGACAAAUGUAUGGGCAUUGUAUGUAAACUAAGUGACCAAUGUAUGGGCAUUGUAUGUAAACCAAGUGACCAAUGUAUGGGCAUUGUAUGUAAACAAAGUGACCAAUGUAUGGGCAUUGUAUGUAAACAAAGUGACCAAUGUAUGGGCAUUGUAUGUAAACAAAGAGACCGAUGUAUGGGCAUUGUAUGUAAACAAAGUGACUGAUGUAUGGGCAUUGUAUGUAAAUGUGACCGAUGUAUGGGCAUUGUAUGUAAACAAAGUGACUGAUGUAUGGGCAUUGUAUGUAAAUGUGACCGAUGUAUGGGCAUUGUAUGUAAACAAAGUGACCGAUGUAUGGGCAUUGUAUAUAAACAAAGUGACCAAUGUAUGGGCAUUGUAUGUAAAACAUAUAGAUUUAUGACCUCUCAGCCUGUUCAGUUGGAUUCUCUAUUUUAAUUAGAUUUUAUUCUCUGAACCACCACCGGACAACCACGCAACUAACCUAAUGUUACCUUUGACGUCAAGUCUCUAAAUAUUUUUUGGUUGUUGUCUUCUGUUGUGUUCAGCAAGAGAUGAGAGGCAUCACGUGCGAUGCUUGGACGGCAUAUUUCGGCACUGAUCAAACAUUACACCAGCAGAACGCUUACUACACAUGGUACUUUGCUAAUGUAAGUUACGUCUUAACGAGUGGAGGGGGGAUGGGUUGGGGAUGGGUUGGGAGAGGGGGGGGGGAAUGGAUUUUUUUAACAACUGAAAACUUGAUUUGACCGAGAAAUUCCCGUUAGAAAAGACAUAUCAAAUAGAUUAACUUAUUAACUAAUUUAUUUUAAAUAUUUACAUACGAAACUGUUAGCUGAAGUUUUCAUACCAAUACAGAUUUUUUUAAAAUGUGUUUUCCUCAAUCAAAACAAAGUUUUAUUUUUUGCACCUUAGAGUAUUUAAUUUUUAUUAAAAAAUUUUGAUGGCGAAAACGUAGAUUUAAAAAAAAUCCUUAAGAUUGAAUAUUAGUUUAUAAUAUGCCAAGGAUAAAGAAAACAGCAAGAAGAGAUCCCGGAGUCAGAAUGGGAUUUGAAUCUUAAAAUAACAAUAUUAGAUAGCCAUUAUUAUGAUCUGCAUAAAACCAAUGAUUCUGUGGCGUAACUAAGAAAAUCCAUCAGGCAAAACAACAAUAUUAUGUAGGUGCUAGCUAAUGCAUAAGCUAGGUGCUAUUUAGCGCAUAGGUUAAUUUCUUUACAUAAAAAAUAAUUUCACAGCCAGACUGGAUGCAAGAUAAUAACUUCCAAGAACAGUUCACUCUGCCGGUUGCACUUGAACUCACACAAGGUCAUGUAAGUGCCUGGAAGGCAGCUGCCGGUUGUGUACCAAAAUACAGUAUCGUAAUUUUAAAUUUAAUUUCAAUUUGUAACUUAAUUUAUGACUUAACUUUUUACUGAAUGUUUUUAGUUAUUUUUGUAUUGAUCGUGAACCCCCUUUUUUUAGAAUUUGGAGAACCAAUUAAUUAUGAUUUUGAAAUUUAUUGAAAGGCGAACUGUAUUGGAAUAAAGUGUUCACUUGCCAGCCAGCCAUUAAUAUUUCAGCGUGUAAAUAAAAGAAUAAUAAAAUUAUCAUCUGAAAGACAAAAAGAGAAAUAAAUAUUGAGAAUAAAGACGGUGCAUAAACAUAUAAGAGGCUACUCUUGGACAAGGGACAAUCAAAAUACUGUAACGAAUGAAACAACAUAUUAUUAUAAUUGUAUAAAGCAAGAAAAUAAAAGUGUAGCUUAAUAUACAAAAUGACCUAUAAAAUAACGAACAUGAUCUAAAAAGAGCGAAACUGUGUGUACGAUACCAUCUCCUCAGACUUAUAUACAGUUCAAUAUCUACGAGUUCACUACCGAUAUUGGGAGAUCGAUACCAGACGUGUCCGCCUGCUACGACGUGCAGAGCAGCAUGAACAUCGAAAUUUACUUUAACGGUGAGUACGUUAGUGAUAUAGAGAAUGGUGAGUACGUCAGUGAUAUAUUGAUUGGUGAGUACCUCAGUGAUAUAGUGAUUGGUAAGUACCUCAGUGAUAUAGUGAUUGGUGAGUACCUCAGUGAUAUAGUGAUUGGUGAGUACGUCAGUGAUAUAGUCAAUGGUGAGUAGAUCAGUGAUAUAGUGAUUGGUGAGUACGUCAGUGAUAUAGUGAUUGGUGAGUACGUCAGUGAUAUAGUGAAUGGUGAGUAGAUCAGUGGUAUAGUGAAUGGUGAGUACCUCAGUGAUGUAGUGUUUGUUGAGUACGUCAGUGAAAUGGUGAUAGGUGAGUACGUCAGUGAUAUGGUGAUUGGUGAGAACGUCAGUGAUAUAAUGAUUGGUGAGUGCGUCAGUGAUAUAGUGAUUGGUGAGUACAUCAAUGAUAUAGUGAUUGGUGAGUACGUCAGUGAUAUAGUAUAGUGAUUGGUGAGUACAUAAGUGAUGUAGUGUUUGGUGAUUAUGUCAGUGAUAAUAGUGAUAGGUGAGUACGUCAGUGAUAUAAAGAUUGGUGAGUACGUCAGUGAUAUGGUGAUUGGUGAGUACGUCAGUGAUAUAGUGAUUGGUGAGUACGUCACUGAUAUAGUGGUUGGUGAGUACGUCACUGAUAUAGUGAUUGGUGAGUACGUCAGUGAUAUGGUGAUUGGUGAGUACGUCAGUGAUAUAGUGUUUAAUAAGUACGUCAGUGAUAUGGUGAUUGGUGAGUACGUCAGUGAUAUAGUGUUUAAUAAGUACGUCAGUGAUAUAGUGAUUGGUGAAUACGUCAGUGAUAUAGUGAAUGGUGAGUACGUCAGAGAUAUAGGGAUAGCAUUUUGUAUUUUUAGUACCUUACUACCAUUGUGAUAACAUUUCAUCUUGGUUAGUACGUUAGUGCCAUAUUGGUCAUUUUGGUGUGUGCAUUUUUGUGUGAUAUUAAUGACAUUUCAUAUUGGUUAAUACUUCCAUGACAUUAUGCUGACAUGUGGAAUUGAUUAUUACAUCAAUGCUAGUAUGAUGACAUGUCAUAUUCGUUUGUACUGCAAUUUUUAUAAUAAAAAAAUUUCUUAUGGGUUUGUACCUCAAUGGCAUUACCAUGAAAUUGCAUGUCGUAAUCAUACAGUGAUAUCAUGUCUCAACGCUCAUGCGUGUGGGAUGAUAUGUCACAUUGGCAUAGUCUGUCAAUGCCAUAGGAAGGACACGUUAAAUGUGUUAGUACAUAUUAAAGCCCACAUGAUGGCAAGUGACACCUUCACAUGUCAGAUGUCACUGUAUUCUAAGUCUUGUUUCAUCGCUUAAACUCAAAAGCUCGUCCACGUUAAAAUGUUCAUCAAACCUGUCUACAGGGCGCUAUGACCAGUAUUACACCCCAGCCCAGGCAGGCUUCAGGCAAAGUUUUCUGAAGGGCCUCGUGCGGGUCACUAGCUUAAAUUCAACUUUACGGAUAGCUGACCUGGACGUAAGUAAAGUUGUAGUUUGAAAAAGACGGCUGAUCUGGCUGUAAAUGAAAACUUUGUAGUUGACUUAGAUAGCUGACCUGGGUGUAAGUAAAGUUGUAGUUUGAAAAGGACGGCUGAUCUGGCUGUAAAUGAAAACUUUGUAGUUGACUUAGAUAGCUGACCUGGGUGUAAGUAAAGUUGUAGUUUGAAAAAGACGGCUGAUCUGGCUGUAAAUGAAAACUUUGUAGUUGACUUAGAUAGCUGACCUGGGUGUAAGUAAAGUUGUAGUUUGAAAAAGACGGCUGAUCUGGCUGUAAAUGAAAACUUUGUAGUUGACUUAGAUAGCUGACCUGGGUGUAAGUAAAGUUGUAGUUUGAAAAGGACGGCUGAUCUGGCUGUAAAUGAAAACUUUGUAGUUGACUUAGAUAGCUGACCUGGGUGUAAGUAAAGUUGUAGUUUGAAAAAGACGGCUGAUCUGGCUGUAAAUGAAAACUUUGUAGUUGACUUAGAUAGCUGACCUGGGUGUAAGUAAAGUUGUAGUUUGAAAAGGACGGCUGAUCUGGCUGUAAAUGAAAACUUUGUAGUUGACUUAGAUAGCUGACCUGGGUGUAAGUAAAUUUGUAGCUGACAGAUAGCUGACCUGGGUGUAGGUAAAUUUGUAGUUGACAAAGAUAGCUGACUUGGAUGUAACCAAAGUUUAACUUGACAUAGAUGCUGACUUGAUGUAAGUCACAUUCUGUUAUGCACCCUCUUUUCAAAGAUACCAACUGAAUACAAAAAAAAAUAUGUAUGGGAAAAAUAAUUUCCUAACAUUAUGUUAAAAAAGGAUAGUGUAAUGGUAAAUCCAUGACUUCUAUUGAACUGAAGCUCAAAGGGAGAUAAUCAUACAUGUGGAUUUCAAACACAAAAUAUUACCUCCCCUGAUUUGUAACAACACUAGAUUUAGUUUGUUGUCGUUUCGUUUCUUCUGUUGACUCAGGUCCAGCCAGCGAAAGACAAUAAAAUAGUUGUACGUUUUAAGUUGUUGGACAAACCAACAAUAAAAGGUGAUGUGGCUAAGAUACCGAUGAUGGCCCCGAAUCAAGUCGUCUAUCAGGAAAUCGUCACGGCGGUCAACGCUGGUCAGUUUUACAUCAACGUUGGAGAAACGGUAACUAAUCAUUAGAGAGUACCAGUUGCUUUGCUAAAACCAUCAAUAAUAUCAAUAGUCUUAUAUUACAUCAUUUAUUUGUUAAAACCAUUAAAAGUCUUGUAUGGCAUUAUUUCGCUAAAACCAUCAAAAGUCUUGUAUGACAUCAUUAUUUCGCUAAAACCAUCAAAGGUCUUGUAUAACAUCAUUAUUUUGCUAAAACCAUCAAAGGUCUUGUAUGCCAUCAUUAUUUUGCUAAAACCAUCAAAGGUUUUGUAUGAAUCAUUAUGUUGCUAAAACCAUCAAUAGUCUUGUGAACCAUCAUCAGUUUGUUAAAGCAUCAAAAGGCUUGUAAACCAUCUUUAAUUUGCACUGACAUCAACAUUUCUUAAGUGUCUCACAAUAAUAGACAUGCAUAUUAUGGUCAUCUUUACAAUGCGGGGCUUACAAACCACUGCUCCCACCACAGGGUAACGCCAUCGUCUACGCCAUACCGAACUCUGCUGGUCACAUUAAGGCAGUGUCGCCGUGGUCCCAGCCAUCGAAUGUGACCACUGGGACAAGCCCCGGCUCAACACAGACCUCGACUGGCUUCUCCUCCGGUCAGUUUCACAUGCCAUCUGAUAUAUUAAGGAAAUUCGAGUCGGUGUAUCACCUGAUGAAGAUUCUUUAUUAGAGUCCCGAAAAAUCAUGAACUGCUUUCAUACCGGAGAGUAAUGCGUCGAAACACGAACAGAGCAAUAACAAUAAGAGAGGGUUAGAAAGAAAGAAGAGGUUGAGAGAGAGAGAGAGAGAGUGAGAGUAAAGAAAGAGAGAGAAAGGGGGUAAAGAGAGAGAAAUAAAGAGAGGGAAAGAGAGGGCCGGGUGGGUAAGAAAGAUAGAAAAAAGAGAUAGAAGAGAUAGAUGGAGAGGGUGUAAAUAAAAAAAAAAGAGAGAAAAACGAGAGAAAGAAAGAGGGAGAAUGAGAGUGAGAAAAGACAGAGACAAAGAAAGAGAAAGAACAAAAAGUGAGAGAGAGAGAUAUAUAAAAGAGGGAAAGAGACAGAAAAAAAGACAGAAAAAAAGGGAGACCAAUAAAGAGAGAGAAUUUGAGAUAAUUAUGAGGAAGGUGACAGGAUUGGGGGUGGGGGGGGAAAGCUUAAGAAUGAAUUUUGUUAAACAAUUUUGUUAAUUAUGAAAGAUAUAAUUGCUAUACAAUGUAGCUUGAACGUUGCACUAUAUUUGACUAUUUCUAUGUAUUAUAUCAUGCUAUACAAGACGUUAAAUGAAAACUUCGAUUUUCUCUUCCGCCCCCCCCCACGUCCACCCCCCCCCCCACCACACACACCUCUAGGUUCCCUGGCUGGAGUUGGUGUCGGAAUGUUGGUGGCCGGUGUACUCAUUGGGUUCCUACUGGUCUUUGCCAUCAAGAAAGCGCGCGGAGGACAGACGAAUUCAGAGUUCACUAUGAAAACUUUACAGCCGGACUCCUAGUAGCGGGUGACGUCAUGAUGAUGAUUGGAUUCAACUAGAUAUACCUCACAGCGAUGACCCGUGGAUGAUUAAUUUAACUAGGCACCUCAUAAUGUUGACAUCUUGAAGAUUAAUUCAACUAGAUAUACCUCAUAGCAUUGACGUGGUGAUGUUUCAUUUAAAUUGACACCUCGUAGUUUUGUCCAUCUUGAAGAUUAAUUCAACCCAGCUACGUCAUUUGGAUGUGGACACUUUGAUGAUUUUUUUCAGUUAGAUGGCGCUGGCUUGGUAGAUGAACUCUUUGAAGAUUAAUUCAAACUGAAACCUCUUCGUGUGGGCAAUUUGAAGAUUUAAUACAGACUUCUAGUGAAUACAGACUGCAAGUGAAUACAGACUUCUAAUGAAUACAGACUUCAAGUGAAUACAGACUUCAAGUGAAUACAGACUUCUAGUGAAUACAGACUUCUAGUGAAUACAGACUUCUAGUGAAUACAGACUUCAAGUGAAUACAGACUUCAAGUGAAUACAGACUUCUAGUGAAUACAGACUUCUAGUGAAUACAGACUUCUAGUGAAUACAUACUUCUAGUGAAUACAGACUUCUAGUGAAUACAGACUUCUAGUGAAUACAGACUUCUAGUGAAUACAGACUUCUAGUGAAUACAGACUUCUAGUGAAUACAGACUUCUAGUGAAUACAGACUUCUAGUGAAUACAGACUUCUAGUGAAUACAGACUUCUAGUGAAUACAGACUUCUAGUGAAUACAGACUUCUAGUGAAUACAGACUUCUAGGGAUGAAGCGAGGAAGAACACAACGACAUUAAAUCAAGCACUUAACAUUCAUACGAUGAUCUCUUCUUCUCAAUAAAAUAUUAAAAUGCGAGAUUUUAAAUAACGGCUACAUUAAAAAAAAAUGUAUAUAUUUCUUUUUUAAAGUUAAAGGUAAUUCGCUUAACAUUCGGGGCUCAAGUUCUGCAGGGACGCAUGGGAACUGCGUUUCCUGUACAUUUUUAAAUUUUCUAAGGAAUACAUAUUUAAUUCAAGAGUGUCGAGAUUGGUCUUUAGUGAGAUCGCACACUUUGUUUCCUGGGUGGCGACCCAUGUUUACAUCUAUGACAAAAUACGUCUGUUAAACUGCUUUGAUGGUGACCAAAGUGAAACAAAUAUAUGGCGAAACAUAGUAAUGAGUGUGAAUGGUUUUCCUAUUAUAAAUGACAUGUUUGAAUUAUAGUUCAUGGUUUUUUGUUGUUUUUUUUAAUGUAAAUUGUAUUUAUUAAAAUCGUAAAUAUU